CCCUAACAAUGGUGGUAACAACGGAGGUAGUGGACCUAAUAACGGAGGUAAUAAUGGUGGUAGUGGACCGAACAAUGGAGGUAACGGUGGACCUAACAAUGGGGGCAACAAUGGAGGUAGUGCCUUUGAGCCAACCGUCACCGUGUACAUUCCCCAGGGCGCAUCAGCCUUACCCAAUGGUGGUGCAGGAGGGCAAGGUCUCUCGUCACCGAACGGCGUUGGCCAAGGUACGGCUAAUCCAGGUGGAUACGGAGGGAAUCCCGCCGGGCAACAAUCCGUGGGCUCCGGCUCCGGCUCUGGCGCAGCAGGAUCUGGUGCAGGGUCGGGUACAGGGUCUGGCUCUGGCUCCGGUGCUGGUGCUGGCCAAGGUCAGGGCAGUGGCUCUGGUGCGGGAAUUCUCACUGACUCUCCCCCAGCUGGUGGAUACGGAGGUAGCCAUCCAACACCCCAAUCCGGAGCUGGCGUUGGCGCUGGACAAGGUCUUCCGACACACACAGUGACUCUUCCUCAGACAAUCCCCACUGCAACUGGUAAGAUUAGCUCCACCGUUCAUUCAUAAGCAGUCAUAACUAAUUUUGAUGUCAUGUAGUAGCUCAACUUCAAAGCGGCUCAACUCCUUGCGACCAGUCGGGAGCUCUACCAACCAAUGGCGUGCCAAGCAGCGGAUGGAACGCAACUCCCACCGAGCCUUCGGUGUCUCUUCCACCCAUGCCCAGUCUGCCACCACCUGUUUCCCCAGCACCAAUGGAGACACCUACCCAGGUUGCAGCUCAGCCCGCAACUGGAGUUUCUGUAGGAUGCUUAUCAAUGACCACACUAACUAUGGCUUCGAGAACAUUUUCUUGGUGUGCGCAAGUCGCGUCAGGUCCGCAGGCCACAUCGACUCCUUCUGGAGAGUACGCCUUUUCUGCCCGAGACUACGUCGAGUUACCUGGUCCAUCUACCUGGUCGACUGUCUUACGAUCAUCCAGCUCAGUCUCCCAAUCCGAGUCAUCCACCAACAGUGAGAGUCCCUCGCCAUCUGCUUGCGGUAACCGAGCUGAUGUGGGUGAUUUCACAUUCAACUUCGAUGACCUUCCACCUCUUGGAUCGGGCUCAGACCCCAACGUUGGGCCAAUGCCCUUAUUCAGCCCAUACCACCGCUUCUACUUCUCGCCAGGAUUUUCUGUUCUUCCCCCACCUCCCGCACCAUAUGACCCUUCUUCCGGAAAGCUGAUGAUUCAGUUUACACCUCCAUCUCUCUCGAAUCUAUCAGAGCCUGAUGCGACAGCACAGAUCAGUGUCGGACCCCAGACAUCAUCGGAUUGCUUCCCAUUCAACUUCAAUGGCUUCAGCCUCGGAUGCAACUCCACGGACUCCCCAUGUUCGUUCAACUUCACGGGAAUGCGCUUCGAUGAACAGGCUCAACAGGAGAAGGAAGUUGUCUCCCUGACAAUUGAGGUCCCAGCAUGCCCUUCGCUGAGCAACUGCAAACUAAUCCCAAUCGAGUUCACAGGUUUCGAGAAACUAACAUCAGUCCUAAUCAACCUGAAGGUAGACGACAAGCCUAAGACCUGGUGGGCUGACGACCUUGCUCUCGGAUGGUCCGACAAUCAGUGUGAGAAGGCUGUCUGCAGAUCCAAGGUGCGCGACACAGUUCGUAAGCGUGAUGGAAUUUCCAGUAUCCGCCGGGCGAUAUCGAGACCAUUAGACUUCGCACUGUUCCGUGGUUGAAUUACAGCUCCAGCAUGCCAUAGGUGGAAAUUCUGCUGCUGAGUAUUUCUCAGCCAACGACAAGCGGUCCACUUUGAAUGAAAUGAGAUCCAAGAGAGAUAGAUCUAUCAGAUACAUUCCCGCCUGAUAGGUUUCUAUCUAGGAUAGCACCUAGGUAUGGACCGAAUAACCGAAUUGCCAGCGAUAUCGGAGUUGGCCAAUAUCCAUCAAGGUAUUUAUCAGCGAGACGCUAGAUAGGUAUUCAUUGACGAAGAACAUAACGCAGAAUCAGCUACAGCCCAGAUUCAACCUUUAAUGACCGCCU